UUUUUAUCUAUAAUUGAGACCACAAACUAUUAUAAAUAGAAGAGUUGUGGACAUAGGUUUCUUCAUCACAUCAUCAGAAUUAGUACUAUAGACAAUAUACAUAUUCAACUAUGUCUACCGUUAUUGCUCCUAGCAUUAACACUCCCCAAGAAGAUGCUGAAGCUCUCAGAAAGGCUUUUGAAGGAUGGGGAACUGAUGAAAACACUGUGAUAUCAAUACUGGGUCACAGAACCUCACAUCAGAUACAAUUAAUUAGAAAAUCUUAUGAGGACAUUUAUCAUGAGGAUCUUGUCAAACGCUUGGAGUCUGAGAUCAAAGGAGAUUUUGAGAAAGCUGUGUACCGUUGGAUAUUGGAGCCUGCUGAUCGUGACGCUGUUUUGGUCCAUGUUGCUAUAAAGAGUGGAAAAAACUACAAUGUGAUUGUGGAAAUUUCCUCUGUUCUUUCCCCUGAAGAGCUCUUUAAUGUGAGGCGUGCCUAUAUCAACCGCUACAAGCACUCCAUUGAAGAAGAUUUGGCUAUUCAUACUUCAGGCCAUCUUCGCCAGCUUUUGGUGGGGCUAGUGACCUCAUACAGAUAUACUGGUGAUGAGAUAAAUGCAAAAUUGGCUCAGAGUGAAGCUGAAAUUCUUCACGAGUCUGUGAAAGAGAAAAAAGGUAGCCAUGAAGAAGCAAUCAGGAUCUUGACUACAAGGAGCAAGACUCAAUUGAUUGCAACUUUCAAUCGCUAUAGAGAGACUCAUGGUGGUUCCAUCACUAAGAAACUAUUGGAUGAAGGAUCAGAUGAUUUUCAGAAAUCAUUGUAUACCACCAUUCGUUGCUUCAAUGAUCAUGUCAAGUAUUAUGAAAAGGUGGUGAGAGAUGCUGUCAAGAAGAUUGGAACUGAUGAGGAUGCACUCACUCGUGUGAUUGUGAGCAGAGCUUACACAGAUUUGAAAAACAUCUCAGAUGUUUAUUAUAAGAGAAACAGUGUUCUUCUAGAACAUGUUAUUGCCAAAGAAAUCUCAGGAGAUUACAAGAAGUUCCUUCUCACUAUCUUAGGCUGGUGGCAUCUAUGAUUAUGAGUUUAAAUAAGACAAUAAUUGGAUGCUAUUUUCUAUGUUGUUUUAUCUUAUUGAGUGUGGUUUUAGAUUUCCUUGCUUUUAUGAGAACUUGAAGUUCUAUCUUGUUACAUAGUUGAAUGGUAUGUUUAAUGGUUCAUUUUGACUUGAAUGCUUUA